AUGAACAAUUUAGGUAAACGUAAUAAAUCGAUGGAACAUCGUAUCAGGUUCACCACUAAGAAAACUGCGACUGUUCUACCGCCUUUGGAACUUCCGUUUCCACCAACAAUUGACCCACAACAAUUAGUUUCAAAAAUAUCAACAAAGAAAAUCUUAGCAAGAUUUCCAAACGCUUUCAUAAUCUACCGCAACCAAUAUGUUCAAUUCCUUAAGAGUAAAGGAAUUCAUCUUUCAAUGACGGAUCUGUCGCCGAUGAUUUCUCAUUCUUGGAAACAAGAAAAUGAGCAUGUUAAAGACGCGUACACGAGAUUAUCUCUCCAAGCAGAGAAAUUUGUCAUUGACAGAGACUACAGUCAUUUUAAUCAACAUGAAAUUGACUAUGCCCUUUCAACUCCACAGCAAACUCAAUUCUAUUCCGAAGCACCAAUCUUAGCACGUCCAAUUGCACAAAGAAAAAUUCCUCCAAUUUACUCCUCCACCAACAUCGAAAACACUAAUGAUCUUCUCAAUUCUGCCCUUGUUUGCUCUGCUUCAACUUCACCUACCAUGGAAUUUGAUGACUUUUUCAAAACCACAUCAUCACCUGAAUCCAAUAACAUUCAUGAUCUCAAUUCCAUCUCGUCGGUUAAUGACAACAAAUUUAUUCCUGAUUGUGCUAAUAUUUGGCAAAGAAAUGACACAAAGAUUCCUGGAUUUGCUCAAUUAGUCCAAGAAAAUUGUGCAUAUGAUCCUUUCGACUUUUUAUGGGAACCCAGAAAAUCCACCAGUCAUCAUCACCACCACCAACAUCAUUCAACCUCUACUGAUAGCAGUUCACCUUCAUUUGAUGUUGAUGAUAGCACAUUAGAAUUCCACCACUAUCAUAUGAAUUUCUUUGAUUCUUUAAAUUCCACAAAUUCUUCGCCAAAUGAAAAUUAUCAUAGUGAUACAUCAUUUUUGGAUUUCUCACCAAUCGUUUCGUCUUAA